GUGUCGGCAUCAACAAAUCCUUCGCUGCGUCGGUAAGGGAGUCCCUCUCUGGCCGUCCACGUUACUCGCAAACUCGCUUCUUUUCUUCUUUCGCGAACCUCGACCUUCCUUCGAAACCUUUUGGACGAUUCAAGGGAGCCCCCUCUGUCUCUUUCUCUGAAGAUGAAAUCACCGCUCUUUCAUCCAAUUUCAAGUAUGCACUGGUUGGUACUUUCAAUCAUGGUCGCCCGCCUUUACUAUCCCUUCGAAAAGCUUUUGACGCAAUUGGAUUCUCCCAACCCUUUCAUUUAGGUUUUAUUGACAAUAAACAUUUGUUAAUCAAUUUCAAUGCUGAAGAGGAUUUUCAACGAUUCUGGAUUCGUAACUCAUGGGAUUUUUACGGAUUUGCUAUGAAAGUAACUCGCUGGACCCCUAAAUUCAAUCCUGAUAUUGAAUCCCCUUUGGCCCCGGUCUGGGUGGUUCUUGAAGGUCUGCCAAUCCAUCUUCACAAUCUUAAAGCUCUGUAUUAUAUUGGUAUUUUGCUUGACAGACCUCUUUCUAUAGAUGCUCAUAUUGCAAAUUUCUCACGUCCCUCUUUGGCAAGGCUUUGCAUUGAGCUGAAUGUAUCAAAUCCUCUGCCCCAGAAAAUAUGGAUUGAAAAUGGAAACCAGGGAUUUUUUCAGCAUGUUAAAUAUGAAAAUUUGCCUCGUUAUUGCUCCAAGUGCUUUCGAUUUGACCACGAAACCAAAUCUUGUUCAAUGAAAUCUUCUAAUACGAUGCAUAUUACUGAUGUUAUCCCGUCUUCAGAUACAAAUGCUUUAGAACCGAACUUUACUGAUUCUGUUCCUACUGAGGAAAAGACCCAAGAACUCAAUUCUUUUGGCCCAACUUCUCUAGACUUGCAGCUGCCCAGCAUUAUCACUGCUGGAACUAAAAUUGUUGCCACUGGUGUUACCACUAAUGAUAAAAAUACUGAUACUGCCUUGCCUGAUCCAGUUUUGUCUGAUUCGGUUGAGUCUGUUUUGUCUGAUCAUGCUAAAACUAAUAUUGUUACCACUGGUAGUAACACUGCAUAUAUGAAUAUUGAUAUUGCAUUGCCCAACACGGAUAUUAGCGCUCAUGAUUCUGUUAAAGCAGUAGGUGCUCCUACUGUAUGUCUUCUAGUUGUUAUCAACGAUCUCUCUAGUGACGAGCCCAAUAAAGAUGAAAGGAAUAUGACCUCUGGCUCCAAUUCUACCACGGUUUCCACUCAAGCAGUCAGUGAGAAUGUUGUCACUGACGAAUUGGUCGGUGAUGAAGUUGCCUGUGAUGAUCAAGCCUAUGAUGAAGGUGUCCCAGAAGCUGCCAUUGACGCUUCUGAGGCUAAAAAUUGAUAUGAGGUCCAUUUGGUUAACACUUUUGACUCCUUAGGUCAAACCUUGGAAUCUGGAAAUGAGGAACUCUCUUUUGAUCCAUCGAAUGCAGGUCCAACCGAUAAUCACCCUGAAGAGGAGGAAUGCCCGGAUGGGUUCACGCAGGUUAAGGCAAGAAGAAACUUAAAGAAGAGUUCAUCCAAGUUCCCAAUUGACAAUCAAGAAGACCAACAAUUAUACUAUGAAGUUGGUUGGACUUCACACCCCAUGAUUACAAGAAGUCAAUCCCGAAAACCUCAAAAUGAAUCUAAUUAUUUCCUUUACCCGGUAGACGCGAGAUUCGACUCACCACACAAACUCGCUCAAGCUCUCAAACGCUUCAAGUCUUCUCACCCGGAGGAACCUGUCUACCAACCUUAUCUCCAAAAGGCGAUAAAGUUUCAUAAUAAAUAUAAUAGGACCAUCUCAGCUUCGGUUGGGAUACCUUCUAAAAAUUUUAAUUGCUAGAGCUUUUCCUAUAUCUUUUGUAUUUUCUUUUUAGAGCUUUCCCUUGUUAUUUUAAUUCUAUUUCUUUUUAAUAAAUUAAGGAAUUGUUCCCCGGCACUUCCUCCACUGUAUGUGGUUUCCUCUGGGACAAAAAAAAACUCUAAAGUUAAUGAACCAUU